CAUCAUUGCUUAGUUUAGAUCUUCGUAGCUUCUACCAAGUACCAUGUCAAGCACUACUGGUCUUGUGAUUCCCUGUAAAGCUGCGGUUUCAUGGGAAGCAGGGAAGCCAUUGGUAAUGGAGCAAGUGGAGGUGGCGCCACCGCAAACCAUGGAAGUCAGGAUCAAGAUCAAAUACACUUCUCUUUGUCACACUGACCUCUAUUUUUGGGAAGCUAAAGGCCAAGCACCGUUGUUUCCCCGCAUAUUUGGUCAUGAAGCAGCAGGGAUAGUAGAGAGUGUUGGGGAAGGGGUGUCUGAUCUCCAGACUGGGGACCAUGUGCUUCCAGUUUUCACAGGAGAAUGCAAGGAGUGUGCACAUUGCAAAUCUGAGGACAGCAAUAUGUGUGACCUGCUUAGAAUAAAUACAGACAGAGGGGUAAUGCUCACUGAUGGAAAGUCUAGGUUUUCUAUUGAUGGAAAGCGAAUAAAUCAUUUCUUAGGAACAUCAACUUUCAGUGAAUACACUGUUGUCCACUCGGGCUGCCUUGCAAAGAUCAAUCCAUUGGCCCCAUUGGAUAAAGUAUGCAUACUGAGUUGUGGCAUCUCGACUGGGUUGGGUGCAACACUAAAUGUAGCUAAGCCAAAGAAAGGAUCCUCAGUUGCCAUCUUCGGGCUAGGAGCUGUUGGUUUAGCUGCUGCUGAAGGUGCAAGGAUUGCUGGGGCAUCAAGGAUUAUUGGGAUUGAUUUGAACCCUAAUAGAUUUGAAGAAGCCAAGAAAUUUGGAGUAACAGAGUUCAUAAAUCCAAAGGACCACGACAGACCAGUUCAACAGGUCAUUGCAGAUAUGACAGACGGUGGAGUUGAUAGGAGUGUGGAGUGCACGGGUCACAUUGAAGCCAUGGUUUCUGCCUUUGAAUGCGUCCAUGACGGAUGGGGGGUUGCCGUACUUGUGGGAGUGCCCAACAAGGAUGCAGUCUUCAUGACCAAGCCCAUUAACUUGCUGAAUGAGAGGACAAUUAAGGGAACUUUCUUUGGGAAUUACAAACCUCGUACUGAUCUUCCUUCCGUGGUUGAAAUGUACAUGAACAAGAAACUAGAGCUGGAGAAAUUCAUUACACAUCGGGUUUCAUUCUCCGACAUCAACAGGGCUUUCGAGCUCAUGUUGAGAGGGGAAGGUCUGAGAUGUAUUAUCAACAUGGAAGAGUAAUGCCUUCAUGUUCAAGAAGAGAAUUCGUUUCUGGCUUGAUAUAGCUUCUUUCUUGAUGUAAUGAAAAUCCUCUCUGUAUUGUACUUUUUAACUGUGUUUUCUUUUGGUUUCUUUCUACUUGCAUAUGCAACAUAUCGCAAUUGCGAGGAAUGGAUUCCCAAUAUAUAAAGAGGCACAUGUUGAAUCUA